GGUUUCUGAAGACCACAUCCUUCCUAAGAGCGUAACGCGUGAGACCGACUCAUUGCCCACCGAGCAGUCGCGCCGCGAUUACUAUUCGCGUAGAGAAUUAACUUAAUCUUUCACCAGUCGUUUUUUUGUAAACGUUUGAAUAUAUUUGUGGAAAAUGUUCUUUACGAAAAUGGCUGAUCGAGCGUUCGGGAAACACUUGAACACGUGGAUUUUCAGUGCUUUUUUCACUCAACUGUUCAUCUUCACAGGGGGAUACAAUUUCGACGUGAAAAACGUGAAAGUUUUUGAAGAUCCGAUGAAGUAUCGAAGCUCGCGGGAAAGCUAUUUCGGCUUUUCAACUGCACUCUAUACGAGCUCUUUCAACGAUUUAGCCGGUGCUUCUGUCCUCGUGGGAGCACCGAGAGCCAACUCCAGUUUCGUUCCAACAGUUUUGGAACCAGGCAUCGUUUACACGUGUCCGGUAAACGGUAGCUGCGUCGAGUGGAAUAUCGAUCCUACUACGAAUGGCCACGUCGAUCGGAACCCCAAUCUCAAUCAGAUCAAGGAUAACGCUUGGAUAGGAGCUACCAUUGGGGUGGAGAACAAGAGCCAACCGAAAAUUAUGGUCUGCGCGCCGCGUUGGAAGAACAAUAUUGUCAACAGCAACAAGCCGAAUUGGUUCAUGAACGGCAUCUGUUAUUGCAGUACCAAGGAUGAUGACCACGUGUUAGAUAGGCCGAUGAACCACCGCCUCAUUCCAUUGUUAGGCACCUCGCUGCAAAUUUCAUCCGGUACUCUUAGAUUUUAUAAUUACGGCAUGGGUCAGACUGGAUUCUCGAUGGACGUACCAGCCAACUCCAAUGCCUCCGAUUUCAUAUUGGGAAAUCCUGGUGUCUACAAUUGGAAAGGAAUACCACUGAUGACUAGCUUUACUACUGACGGCAAUAUUUAUCAGACGAUACCGCAGAUUGGACGAGAGUCUUUGAUACACAGCGGCGAUUACUUCGGAUAUGCGGUCUCUUCGGGGGACUACUUUGCGAAAAAUGAAAUCUGGUACGCUUCCGGUGCUCCUCGGGGUGCGAAUAUGAAGGGAAGAGUGUUGAUCUUCCGAUUCAGCGUAUACGCCGACAGGAGACUCAUCGUCAGUAAAGUUCUGGACGGUGAACAGCACGGUGAAUACUUCGGGGCGAGCUUAGCAUCCUGCGAUGUAAAUAAUGAUGGGAAAGCCGAGAUCGUCGUCGGAGCUCCUCUGUGGUCGAGAGACAUGGAGGAAGGGCGGGUUUAUGCUUAUGUCAUCAAGAACAACGGUGAUUUCGAGCCGCAAUACCUCGAAGGUGGAGCGAUCGGAGGACGUUUCGGCACAACCGUGACUUGCUUGGGCGAUCUCGAUCACGAUGGCUACGGCGAUAUCGUCGUUGGAGCGCCGUAUGAAAACGAUCACGGAGCAAUCUACGUAUACAAUGGAAAUUCUAAUGGGUUAACGACGCGGUAUAGUCAACGCAUCGGAGGCAAAUCCAUAUCGAAUGCCAUUCGGGGUUUCGGCGCAUCGAUCUCCCAACCAAGGGAUAUAGACGGCAAUGCUUACGCCGAUAUCGCGGUCGGUGCUCAUCAAUCGGGUGAUGUUGUUUUAUUGCGUUCCCAGCCAGUCGUCGUGAUGGCAGUGAGCAUAAAAUACGAAAAUUUCAAGGAACUGCUCGCUAACUCGACGUUCUUUAUGGCGAACGUCUGUUCCUAUUACAGCGGUUUCCGUGUGCCUGAAACCCUGAGUGUCCUCAGAAUUCUCAAAGUCGAUCCUCUCCAUGGCAGAGCUUUUUUCGGAGACCGGAACAACAUCAACGCCACGUUCAUUCUUCCGGCUACUUUGCAGUGGAGGAAACGUGUCUGCGAUCAAAUACGGAUUAAUCUUGAGAAUGGUAAUCAAAACGUCAUCGACCCCAUAGAAGUGAGCGUUUCCCUGGAACUGGUCAAUCCGUUGGCGAAGGAAACUUUGACACAGCCUGCUGAUAAUUUGACAGGAAAUAACUAUUGUUCCAGUUGUCCGAUGGUCAACAGACUUUUGUCUCAUCUCGAAGAUUCGAUGAGCGUACCAUUUGCGGUUGACUGCGGACUGGACGACAUUUGCUCGUCCAUUCUCGAUUUAUCGAUAACCAGUGAUCUCGAUGCUGGUAAUCGUUAUACUCUCGGUUCGCAGCCAACAAUGAAAUUGACGGUUGGUGUAGCGAACCGUGGCGAACCUGCGUACAAAACACAAACUCAAAUUUACAUUCCACAUCCAAUUUCACUGGGUAGUUUACCACCGGAAUGCAUGGAAAAUUCACGACUCGAUGGCAUCCUCCAAGUGACUUGUGAGCUUGGAAAUCCCUUGAGGGAUCGGACGACUUCGGUUGUCGAAUUAGACAUGAGCAACAUUCCCAGUAACUCUAAAGAAGUAAACAUUUUCACGAACGUAACGACGCAAAGUGUCGACCUAAACUCGCAACAAAAUUUCCGCAAUUUUACGAUUUACUUCGAUGUCGACGCUGAUAUAACGAUUGCGGGAAAAUCUCAGGACCCUAUACAUUCCUAUUUCAACAAAGAGGGCGAUACGAAAUUGGACGUCAUAAGAUUUCAGCAUAUUUGGGAAGUGCAAAAAUUUGGCAAGAGUCCAAUCGACGAAUCGAGUCUCGCGGUACUCUUACCAACGUACUGGAAUGACGAGGGUCACGGUACCGAGAUCAUUCGAAUCAGUCAGGUCUUCGGACUCAUGGAGGGAAGACAAUUCUUCUGUACAGAUUACAAAAACAGGACUGAUGAUGAAGAAACUAUGGUUGUGGAUUCACUGGUAGACCAGAACGCCACGAUCAGCGCAGGAGCCAGUAAUUCGAGGAUUAAAAACCAUGCAAUGGAGAGGUUCAGUAUUGAGGAAACUCCGAGUUCCAAUUUGCCGCCGGACAGCAGAACGAUUUAUUUGAAUUGCACCAAUCCGACAGUAACUUGUACACAAAUAAAUUGCGCACUCGGAACGUUCGCGAGUUCUCUAACAGUAGCAAAGCUUGUCGUCACUAUUGAUCUUCAAUUGAAAAAUUUUCGACGUGAAACUAUGGAGAUCAAAGAUAUCGUGUAUUUCGUCUCAAACGGUAGUGUCAGCAUAAAACAACCAGAAGGAAUUAUUCAAGCGAUGGAUGAUAAGCCCGACAGCGUACUCGUAAGCACGACGUUCGUGGGUUCACCGAUCGCCGCUGGAAUUGCGCUCUGGAUCGUGGUGCUCUCGGUUCUGCUUGGUAUACUGUUGUUGAUUCUGUUGACUCUCGGUCUUGUCAGACUCGGAUUUUUCCACCGUAAAAAACAAGAAGAUCUUGAAGCACUCAGAGCGGAAAGUGAUAAAACUCAUGGUUUCGUCCUGGAAACGACCUCGUCGAAGGAAAAUCUGGACCAGGAUUAAUUUGCCAAAAUUUGAAAUCUGUCACGAACUCAUUACAUUUUCCACAACAAUACAUUUCAUUUUUCACUAAUAUCCAUAGCGCACAAACUCCGUAUAUAUUCAUAAAUUUACAAUAUUUAUUUUCAAUAAACUAUGAACCGUCAUUUGUGAAGACGCGAUAACGACGUGGGUGUUUCAUAACUUUAGAGAGCUUUCAUAUGCAUAUUGAAGGCCACGAAAAUCUUUAUAAAAAUAUAAUAAAAUUCUUACAGGCAACUGUAAAAUUCUAGAGA